AUGGAGCAGCUGCUGCAGAAUCCAGCGUUCAGGAUGAAGAUCAGCUCCCUGUCGCCAUCGACCAGACGGUGGUUUAUCAGUUCCUUGAUAGACUUAUUUGAACAAGAAUCGGAAUAUGUGAUUGAUGUGAUUGAGGACUGUCGGGAAGACAUGAGAGAGACCGCAGACAGGUACAAGGAUGAGACAAGCGAGCUUAGAGCCACUUCCAGGAUGCUACAAGAAAAGCGGGACAAUCCCGAGCCGUCUCCUAAACGAUCCUUGUCAAGAAUCUCCAACCACAGCCGUUUGUCUAGAAGCUGUGACAGACAAAGCUCUCUUGACUCCAUCGCCAAUCGCAUGCGCUUUAGAAGACGGCGCAUUGUGGGCUCUGAAGACGAUGGAUACAAAUCUGCUGCCGAAAAUAACAACAGAUGUGCAUCAUCCAUCUCGUUCAACAGUCUGCCAUCUUUGCCGUCCCUGGUGGUUCCUUCAUCAAACACUGGGUCCAGAACCACCCGAAGCCUGCCAGUGACUCCCACUGUUCCAGCAGAGCAGGAGGAGGAGAGGAAGAAAAUAGAAAUACAAGAGGAAACCCGAGCAAUCCUGCAAAACAUGAGCACCAGAGACAGCACUGUGGAAAAGGAAAGAGAAAGACAACAAGCAAGGUUAGAAAGAAUCAGAAGACAGAAACGGUUUUUGUUGGAGGACAGAACCCAGCAAGCUCUGCUGCUGCUAGACAAAGCAUUGGAAAUGGACAAAGUACUUGCUCAGGACAAGGAAAGACAGGGCUUACAGUUACGACAAAAGUUAGUCGACAUGAAGAAAAAAAGGGAACAAAAGAUUGAUUCUGAGUUUGUAGAAAUUAUAGAACUUCACGAAAAAUAG